GUUAAUGGCGCUGGAAAUGGCGCUGCGGGCUGCUCCGCUCUUCUCUCCGCGUCUGCUCGCCGCAGCCUCGUUGUUGCUCCUCGUCGGCGCGCACUCCGCGCUCUCGUGUCCCAGCCGCUGCCUGUGCUUCCGGACCACCGUGAGAUGUAUGCAUUUAAACUUGGAGACGGUUCCAUCAGUGUCUCCGCAGACCACCAUUCUAGACCUGAGGUUCAACAAAAUCAAGGAUUUACAGCCGGGAUCGUUCCGACGGUUGAAGAGCCUCAACACACUACUCCUCAAUAAUAAUCAAAUCCGACGAAUCCCGAGGGGGGCGUUUGAAGACUUGGAAAACCUCAAAUAUCUCUAUUUGUACAAGAAUGAAAUCCAAUCAAUUGACAGACAAGCGUUUAAGGGGCUUGUGUCUCUUGAGCAACUGUAUCUGCACUUCAACAACAUCGAUUCUUUGGAGCCAGAAUCGUUUACUCAUCUACCAAAGCUGGAGCGGCUGUUCCUGCACAACAACAGAAUCACCCAGCUGGUACCAGGAACCUUCUCUCAUCUGCAGGCCAUGAAAAGACUGCGGCUGGAUUCCAAUGCAUUAAACUGUGACUGCGAGUUGCUUUGGCUGGCUGACCUGCUGAAGCAGUACGCCGAGUCAGGGAAUGCUCAAGCUGCCGCCACCUGUGACUAUCCCAGCCGUCUGCAGGGACGAUCGGUGGCCACGCUCACCGCGGAGGAGCUCAACUGUGAGGUCCCCAGGAUCACCUCCGAGCCCCAGGACGUUGACGUCACUUCGGGGAACACGGUCUACUUUACAUGUAGGGCAGAAGGCAACCCAAAACCACAAAUCAUCUGGCUCAGGAACAACAAUGCUCUGAAUAUGCGCGAUGACAGUCGGCUGAACCUGCUCGAGGAUGGGACUCUGAUGAUCCAAGACACCAGGGAGACGGACCAAGGAGUCUACCAGUGCAUGGCCAAAAAUGUAGCCGGAGAGGUCAAGACCUCACAAGUCACGCUGAGAUACUUCGGAGCUCCCUCGAGGCCAAGUUUUGUGAUCCAGCCACAGAACACCGAAGUGCUGGCUGGCGAGAGUGUCACGCUGGAGUGCAGCGCGACCGGUCAACCUCAGCCCAGAGUCUCCUGGACCAGAGGAGACCGGACCCCGCUCCCCAACGACGCUCGCAUCAACAUCACCCCCUCGGGAGGGCUUUACAUUCAAAACGUGGUCCAGGCUGAUGGCGGGCAGUACACAUGCUUCGCGUCCAAUAACGUGGACACCAUCCAUGCGACCGCUUACAUCAUCGUGCAAGCUGUGCCCCACUUCACCGUCACACCUCAGGACCAGUCCGUCCUCGAGGGUCACACGGUGGACUUCGCCUGCGAGGCGACAGGGAAUCCUCAGCCGGUCAUCGCCUGGACCCGUGGAGGGAGCUCCUUACCUUUGGACCGGCGCCACGUGGUGCUGUCCUCCGGGACGCUUCGGAUCACUCGGGUGGCUGCUCAUGACGAGGGCCAGUACGAGUGUCAGGCAGUCAGCCCUGUGGGAACGGUGCGGAUCGCGGUGCAGCUCAGCAUCCAGCAGCGAGUAACGCCUGUUUUCACAAAUGCUCCAAGGGACAUGACGGUGGAGUCUGGCCAGGACGUCCAGAUUCCCUGCAGCGCUCAGGGUCAGCCACAGCCAGUCCUCACCUGGAACAAGGAUGGCGUGCAGGUGACGGAGAGUGGAAAGUUCCACAUCAGCGUGGAGGGCUACCUGGAGGUCAAGGACGUUGGCACCGCUGACGCUGGCCGCUACGAAUGUGUUGCCCGGAACCCUAUUGGUUAUCAGGUUGCUGGCAUGGUGCUGACCGUCAACGUUCCAGCUGUGAGCAGAGAGGGCGACACCUUCGUGAGGACGUCGAUCGAGCAGGCCAUCCGAAACGUGGACAGCGCAAUCGAGUCGACAAGGAGACGACUCUUUGAUGGUCAGCCUCGGACCCCAGGGGAGCUCCUUGCUCUUUUCCGCUACCCGCGAGACCCCUACACCGUGGAGCAAGCUCGAGCUGGGGAGAUCUUCGAGCAGACACUCCUUCUGAUCCAGAAUCACGUCAACCAAGGUCUCAUGGUUGACACCAAUGGAACCGCGUUCCGCUACAACGACCUUGUGUCCCCUCGCUUUUUGGACGUGAUAGCCAACCUAUCUGGCUGCACCGCCCACCGGCGCUUCAACAACUGCUCCGACAUUUGCUUCCACCAGAAGUACCGAACGCACGACGGCACCUGCAACAACCUUCAACACCCCAUGUGGGGCGCCUCGCUCACAGCCUUCGAGCGACUCCUGAAGUCCGUCUACGAUAACGGCUUUAACCUGCCGCGAGGCGCCAAUGAGCGCCAGCAUAACGGCUUCAGGCUGCCGCUGCCCAGGCUCGUGUCCACCAUAAUGAUCGGAACGGAGACCAUCACCCCCGACGACCAGUACACGCACAUGCUGAUGCAGUGGGGUCAGUUUCUUGACCACGAUCUGGACUCCACCGUGGCGGCGCUCAGCCAGUCGCGGUUCUCCGACGGCCAGCUGUGCGCCCAAGCUUGCACCAAUGACCCGCCCUGCUUCCCGAUCCAGUUCCCCCCCAACGAUCAGCGGCAGCUCCGCAGCGGCGCCCGCUGCAUGUUCUUCGUGCGCUCCAGCCCCGUGUGCGGCAGCGGGAUGACCUCGCUCCUCAUGAACAGCGUCUAUCCUCGGGAGCAGAUCAACCAGCUCACCUCGUACAUCGACGCCUCCAACGUAUACGGCAGUUCCCGGCACGAGUCCGAUGAAAUCCGGGAUCUGGCCAGUCAAAGGGGGCUGCUGCGGCAAGGCAUCAUCCAGAGGACGGGGAAACCCCUCCUGCCGUUCGCCACCGGGCCUCCCACCGAGUGCAUGAGGGACGAGAAUGAGAGUCCCAUUCCUUGCUUCCUAGCGGGAGACCACCGCGCCAACGAGCAGCUGGGUCUGACCGCUAUGCACACAGUGUGGUUUCGGGAACAUAACCGAGUCGCCACAGAGCUGCUGAGGCUGAACCCCCACUGGGACGGAGACACGAUUUACCAUGAAGCCAGGAAGAUUGUCGGGGCGCAGAUGCAGCACAUCACCUACAGUCACUGGCUGCCAAAAAUACUCGGCGAGCCUGGCGUAAAGAUGAUGGGCAAGUACGCGGGAUACGACCCGAAUGUGAACUCUGGAAUUUUCAACGCCUUCGCCACUGCUGCGUUUCGUUUCGGCCACACCCUCAUCAACCCCAUACUGUACCGGCUGGACGAGGAUUUCCAGCCGAUCCCUCAGGGACACAUUUCUCUUCACCGGGCUUUCUUCUCUCCCUUCCGCAUCGUGAACGAAGGCGGGAUCGACCCGCUGCUUCGCGGGCUCUUCGGCGUCGCCGGCAAAAUGCGUGUGUCCACUCAGCUUCUGAACACCGAGCUGACGGAGAGACUGUUCUCCAUGGCUCACGCAGUGGCGCUGGACCUCGCCGCCAUGAAUAUACAGCGGGGACGGGAUCAUGGCAUCCCCCCGUACAACGACUACAGGACCUUCUGUAACCUCACCUCAGCUCAGACCUUUGAUGACCUAAGGAACGAGAUCAAGAAUCCCAGCGUCCGAGAGAAGCUUCAGAGACUCUACGGAACCCCCCUGAACGUGGACCUCUUCCCCGCUCUCAUGGCCGAAGAUCUGGUUCCAGGAAGUAGACUGGGGCCGACGCUCAUGUGUCUGCUGGCAGCUCAGUUCAAACGUCUGCGAGACGGAGACAGGUUCUGGUAUGAGAACCCCGGCGUGUUCACCCCUGCGCAGCUGACCCAGCUCAAGCAGGCCUCUCUGACCCGAGUGCUGUGCGACAACGGAGACAACAUCACUCGCAUCCAGCACGACGUCUUCAGAGUGGCAGAGCUUCCGCACGGCUACGGCAGCUGUGACGACGUCCCCCAGAUCGACCUGCGCAUGUGGCAGGACUGCUGCGAGGACUGCAGAACCAAGGGCCAGUUCAACGCACUGUCCUAUCACUUCAGAGGGAGAAGGUCAACAGAGUACAGUUACAAAGACAGUCAGCCGGCUGUCAACACCAAGGACCUCAGCAGCAACACUGUGCUGGAGACCAGAGAACGUCUCAAUGUUACUGUGACAUCCAAAAAAAGCACUGAGAACAACGAGUUCCAGGACUUCGUCUUGGACAUGCAGAAGACAAUCACCAGUUUACGAAAGCAGAUUAAAAGACUUGAAGCCCGUCUGAGCAAGACCGACUGCACUGACAACGAGGGACGAGAGCGGACGGACGGGGAGCGCUGGAAGAACGACCCCUGCACCAUAUGUGAAUGCAAAGAUGCCCAAGUGACCUGCUUCGUGGAGUCCUGUCCAUCCACAGAUUGUAAACAGCCGGUCAAGCUAAAAGGCUCCUGCUGCCCCGUGUGUCUGGAACAGGCGAGUCACGAGAAGAAGAAGAAGCAGCAGCGACAAUCCAGCGUCCGCCACGGCUGAGCCUGUCGGACGCGCCGAUAAACUCGCACACAGACAUCCGGACGGGACGAGACUGUGCACGCUGGGCUGACCAUCAAUAGCCUCAUCAGACCCUAUAGCCUCAUCUUUAUUUUAUAUUCAUUUCCUAUGAUCAGGGGAGGUUUUUUUUUUAUGUUUUCAUUGCCUGAACCGGAGACGUAUAAAUCCGCUGGCUCCUUGCCAGCAAUCACUAAACGGAUUUAUUCCGACGGGCAGACGGAUAUGUGGAUCGUAAACAAGUUGGGCCAACUUCUUCUCCUUUCCCUGAAAGUGGAACAUCGAGAUCCUCUGCGCAGUGACGGAACCAGGGAGGGACGGAGUACCAGGAGGCGGCCGUUUUUGUUUUUUCUCACAGAUAUUUCUCAGGUUAGAGAUGCCGAAUACUGGUGCUAUUUUACCCGCUUUGUUUAUAAAUGAAUGAUUUAAUCACUAACAAAGAACCUUCAAAGUAUUGUCUUUUGUAUGGAAAGCAAACUAUAUAUAUAUAUAUAUAUAUGUGUGUGUGUGUGUUUCUUGCUCCUUCAGGACUGAGCAGUGAUUUUUAGUGAGGUUUCUCUUUCCAGACAGGAAUUGUAAAAAAAAAAAAAUGCCUGCAUUUGAACAUAAUGUGAAGCCCUUUGAAAAUGUUUGUCUCUAUCUACUGAGUUUUUUUUUUUUUUUUUUUAACCCAAACGUUUCCCUCUUGAGUGCAGUAGAAUCACUUUGAUUCGUACAGGUGGGUGUGUGCUGGCCCGGAUAUCUGCCACAGAACCGACCGCACAAACACACACUAGUAUUAGUCUUCGUCCCACCCAGUCCAUCCCGUUGAAGGACUUUCACGCCGAUGCUGGCGACCUUUUGCCUUUGUGUUAUUAACUCUGGUGCAGUAUUAACAUAGCAUGUCGACCCAGAUUGUGUUUCGCCUCCAAACUUUUCAUUGCAGCGUGACGUCAUUCAGCCGAGUGUGUGUGUGUGUGUAUGUGGAGGACGGGCCUCUCUCACCCUCUGACCCUCAUUCCACUCUAAUGGAAGCCAUAUGAGGGCGUACGUGAGGCUGGUGUGACCGAGGAUUUGUGCGGCCUAGAAGACACAUUAGGUUUCAAACGAAUGAUCACAUGGGUGAACCCGCCACACGUCCACAUCUGUGCAAAUGUGUGUAAAUACAGGUUGUACAGAUGUCCUCGUAAAUAUAGAGCUCAACGGCUUUUGUACUAUGCAAAUGUGUGUACUCGUGUACUGAGACGUCGAAAACCUCACAUGCUUGUUUGUACUCCGACAACCAUAUGGGUGCUAUUGUGUAGUAUUUGUGUCAUAUUGCCUUCUUCACUCACUUAGUGAACCCGGCUGACUGAAUCGAUGUGGGUUCUUUGGGAGCAGAUGAGUGGUGUUCUCAUCUUUUGUGUUGCCUGAAUCUGGGUCGUGACUGACCUUGUGUGUCUGGACUCUCCCGGGCUCUGUCAUCCGGGAGAGACUCGGAGAAGCCAGCGGAUCCAGACACACUGGCGGGAUGAGUAAUCUAAUGGGUUUGGAUAGGUUUGUAGCUUCCACUCACUCACAGCCUGGUGCUUGCUUCCCUCAACACUGCAACCCCGUAACAGAAACUUGUUUACUUUUGGCAAUAUUUCCUAUUUUAUUUUGCCUUGUAUUCUUCCUAUACUUUUUCCUCAGAAGUGAAAAGUGACCAUCGCUGCACGCUCACAUAUUUAACCAGCAAUUUCAUUGAGGACUGCAGAUGAAUAUACGAGUCAUGGUUUUUUUUUUUUUUAAACAGAAUAUAGUAUUUUUAUAUUAGUUAUUAUUCAGUAAGUAACAGCAUCAAUGCAUUUUGGCUCAUUGUCCCAAGUUUAGGCUGCCAAACCACUGUGAGAUUGUCUUUGUUACCAGAUGAGAUUAUUCCGCAUGUUGUCGUCAUUGUAUUAGUUUUGACAUGUCCCUCCUAAAAAUAGCGUGUCGGUGGAAUGCUCUGCUUUUGCAAGACUGAACGUGCUUCCACCGACGCCGAGGUCAAAGUGGAUAUACACCUGAACCUGUCAUGACGUUCGUAUUGUAUGUUUGCCAAAGAAUGGUUUGCACUGUAAUGUAUGCCU